AACAUUAAAGGGACGGACAGAAGGUGUUAGGAUGAUCCACGGGGCCUUGACAGGGCCGGAGACCAGUGAUGAGGGGGGCAGGGGACAGAGGACAAGGGGUAAAAGGGUAAAGGGUGGUGCCUCAUCUCUGGCGCACCGCCCGCACUAGAAAUGGCGGGCCCGCAAGCCCGCCGCCCAAAAGCCUCCUGUCUGGAAAAUCGAGCCUCCCUGCACCAAAAAUCCUGCUACACAUACGUGACCGGGGCGGUAGCAUAGGUGUGCUGUUCCCAUCUACCUGGCUAUUGUGCUCAGGCUGGACCUGAAGUCUGCAUGCUACAAGGAACAGCUCUCCUGAGAUGUCCAUGCUAGGUGGAGGUCUGCUGCUGUUAGUGAUCAUCCUGCAAAGUUCACCCCAAGUCUCCCAGACACUGCCACAUCUCAACUUACCCGAGUCCCAUCUCCCGUACUUCUUCUCUUCCCAUCAUGCACUGGCACGCACUUGUGAGCAGGAUGAUGAAUGCCCAUAUAAGGACUACCUUGGUAAGAAGGUAUGCUGGGGGUAUGAGAAAAACUGCAAGAAGAAAAACAGAUUUCACAACCCUACCUGUACUAUAGCCAACACUGGAUGGGGCUCAGCCCGUACCGUUGAGGAGAAUGCAGACCUGUUCUGGAAGGAGGCUGACUUUGGGUACGUGUGGGAGCGACUACAGGAGAUGACUGUCAUGUGUAAACCUAAGGAGGAGGGUGACUCCUCCCUCAGCUGUGUGAAACACUCGCGAUACUGCAGGGCUACAAACAUCUACAUGGACUUCGCUAACCUGGAUUCAGAGAACAACAGCAACAGGUAUAGGGAGAAUCUGUUCAAAGCUGGCCAGGUCGGAGGGCAUUGCAAGCUGUACCCCAGCAGGCUGGCUGCAGAAGGAAAACACAAGAGUGCACUGCAGUCUUGGUAUGCAGAGUUAGAGAUGUUUACUUCUCUGCCUUUCCGGCCAAUUCAUGAUGACAAGUGUGACGUUGUGUUGGACAAGCCAACAUACCUUAUGAAGCUGGAUGCUGGUGUAAACAUGUACCAUCAUUUCUGUGACUUUAUCAACCUGUACGCCUCUCAGCACAUCAACGGCUCCUUCUCUCAGGAUGUGAACAUCAUCAUGUGGGACACGAGUGGGCUUGGAUACGGAGAUUUCUUCAGCGACACCUGGAGGGCUUUCUCAGACUACCCGAUCAUUCACCUGAAGGAGUAUGAUGGCAAGAAGGUGUGUAUCCGUGAUGCCGUCUUCCCUCUGCUGCCCCGCAUGCAGUAUGGCAUGUACUACAACAUGCCACUCGUCCCAGGUUGCAGUGGAACAGCCUUGUUCAAAGCGUUUUCUGAGCACGUGUUACAUCGACUCAACAUUACACAGGAUGGCCCAGUGAGAGAUAAGGUACGAGUGACUCUGCUGAGUAGGUCUACAAAAUGGAGAAGGAUCCUCAAUGAAGAAGAGCUGCUGAAUGCUAUGAAAUCUGAAACCAGACUGGAUGUGAGGAGAGUGGACUACAACUGGAAAAAGAUGUCCUUUACAGAACAGCUUAAGGUAACCCAGAACUCUGACCUGCUGAUCGGCAUGCACGGAGCUGGUCUCACACACUCACUCUUCCUGCCGGACUGGGGGGUGUUGUUCGAACUUUACAACUGUGAGGAUCCUCGCUGUUACAAAGACCUGGCUCGCCUGCGUGGGGUGCAAUACUACACAUGGGAGAAGGAGAAUAAAAUCACACAGAGGGAAAAGGGGUCCCAUCCAUCCGUUGGAGAACACUCCAAGUUUGUGAACUACGGUUUCGACGUUGCAGAGUUCAUGAGAAUUGUGCAGAAUGCUGCUGACUACAUCCAGGGUCAUCCCCAGUUUGUAGCAAAACAAAACAACAUGGAUGGAAGUGGGGAUCGCCACACUGAGUUGUAACAGUUGUGACUAUUCAUGAAGAUUUUGAUGAUUUUAUGCAAUUCUAUUACAUUGUGUGUUUUUCUCAGGUAUGCAUUCAAUUAAUACAUGUACAGGCAACAAAAUUUAUGUAACUAAAAUUCCAGUUGUCUAUACUACUGAAUUUUGGCCAGUAUCCUGUCAUCAAAUUACAGUCUAAACUCUCCAAGAAGAUCUGGUCUAUGUGCAUGGACAGGUGGUCAUUAAGACAGAAUUCUUAAUGCUUGUGUUAAUGGGAAAAUUUACCUGAGGGGCCAUCAAAAAGUCACAUUUCCAGGUUGUCUUUAUGUAGAGGUGGUCACAUGUACUUGUUUGACUGUAGUUCUGAAUUCUAAAUGAAUUCAGUAGCUCACAACAUUUCUCAAAUGAGAAUUUAGUAAUGAUAAAAGAGAAUCUAAUGUAUUAUGUUAUUACAUUGUUGAUGACAUAGUUUUUCAAACAGUGGAAUAUCAAACAGUUACAAACAUGUGUUUGUAAACUUCAGGGAACGAUUAUGUGCCAAAGAGCUAAAAAAUGAUGAAUAUUCUAACACAGCUGUACUAUAAUAAUGAAUACCUUAUCCUGUAUGGGUAAGAAUAUCUUUAUGUACAUUGUACUGAAGAGGAU